AGGUGCUUAACUUACAGAACUCCCACCACCAGUUCCAGGUUCUUCAGAAAUCUGGAGACAUAGAAAACAUAGAUUGUGACAAACAAUCUAUGUUUGUCACAGAAUAACAAAUCAUAGAGCUGAAGCCAGUGUCUUUUAACUCGGGUGGCACAAGGCAAAAGGUCUGUGAGGGAAAGCAAGUCCAAAAAUGGCAUUUUUAUAGCAUCGUUCAGCCACAUACUUCAGUGAUCGCUGUAAAUGUGAAAGAGGCUUUUGGAAAACCUAGGUGAGCAGCCUGCCGUUCAUUACUACAAAUGGUAAAAUUGAAGUGCAGAGAUUAAAACGAACACACAGUUGCCCAAAUUAGAAAGUAGAACCCAGGUGUUGACUCCUGGGAGCCUUCCUAUCCUAAGUGUUCCAGGGCUUAAUUAUUUUUAAAAAAGGAGAUACAAGUAUCAAAGUCAAAGAGGUGAAAAGUACAUGGAAAUGACAGGAUGUUUGCAAAGAAACAGACUGACCUUUGUACUUCAGUCAGCUGGGAACAUGGCUGCGACGUGGUGACAGGGUUUGAAGAGAGCGUCCCCAGUGCCUCACAUAAGUAGGCGCUCCAUUGCCUGUCAGCACAGCCACCAAAAACUCCAUAAGGUUGCCUCUCCUUUCGAAUGGUUUUAAACACAUACUAAAGUAGAUUUGUACUUUCUUUACUCAACAGGACAAAGUGAUCUCAGCCCAUACAAUGACACUCCCAAAACGCAGAUGUCACACAACCGCACUGCACAUCAUUGGAUUUCAGCACAUUGUCACGAUCAGCUGAAGCUGUGCACUUUCCCCGACUCCCCAUGUCACACACAGACCAGAGGUCUGGCUGUACCAUGCUCCAGGGCCUAGUCUGAUGCAGCACUGCUGUGUGACCUUGCCAGUGUUUUACUGAGAAAAUUCUUAAGCUAUGAGAAAGUAUCCAAGCUAAAGUCAUGAAAGAUAAGAAGCUAAAGACACAGAAGUGCUGUUGUUGGGAUGACAGUAAUUAGCUGGUGAAAGAUUCAAGAGAAAAGAUAUAUAAGGAAAGAAAAGCAGAAAUGCUAAGAUAGCUCAGUAAUGCUGAGGAUCAGCUCAUACCAACAAAUGGCAGAGACCAGCUUUCCCCAGUGUAUUGGAAACUUCCUGGCCAGACACAUCACAGCUUGGAGAAAACAAGGUGCCCCAAAUGAAGAAGUUUGCCACAGACACAUGAAUUAUAAUACUGUUUGGAACUGAAAGACAACAAGAUUUCACCUUCUGAAGCAUAGAUUUAAUGGAUUCAAAUUCCAGCACUGUGGUUGUAACUGGUUUUGGUCCAUUUAGACAAUACCUGGUUAAUUCUAGCUGGGAAGCUGUGAAGGAGCUGUCCAAGAGAGGCCUUGGUAAAAACAUCAGUCUCCAUAUCAUGCAGCUACCGGUGGUUUACCAAAAAGCAAAGGAGCAAGUCUUCAAGAUAUGGACAACUCUUCAGCCACUGCUUACUGUUCACGUCGGGCUGGCUUCAUCUGCCAAAGCACUCAUCAUCCUUGAGCAGUGUGGGAAGAACAAAGGCUACCAAGAGAGAGAUGCUUGUGGUUUUCACCCAGAAGGUGCCUGUUGCAUGGUAGAUGGCCCAGAAAAGAUUGAAUCUACAAUUAAUAUGAAGACUCUCUGGAAAAACAUUUCAGUGGAAGGCAUUGAUAUCACCUUUUCCAGAGAUGCGGGAAGGUAUAUCUGUGAUUACACCUACUACACUUCCCUGUAUUAUGGCAAUGGAAGAGCAGCUUUCAUCCAUGUGCCUCCAUUAUCCAGAUCAGUAACAGCAGACUUUCUAGGAAAAGCAUUACAGACAAUUAUCUUAGAGAUGUUAAAACAGUGUGCAGAAGAAAGAGAGUAAGAUGGAUGAUGUAAGAAAGAAAGAACAAAACCCCGAAAGAUUUCUUAGAAUGCAAUUCCUUACCUUUUAAAUGAAGUGAAUCCCAAAAUUUUGUAAACCCCUACAUCAAGGAUUUUACAUUCUGUGUUAUUUUCAGUGAAAUUUCCUUACAAAAACCAAACAAGUGCUUACAGCUCUUGCUGGUGUAAAAAGCUUGAGAGAAAAAGCAAAUGAUUAGCAGUCUGUAUUGCUAACAAUGGUAAAGUUGCUUCAGAUUUAAGAUAGCGUGAAACUGGAUUGAAAACAUUUUAGAUGCUUAAUCCCAGUUCUGAUAGAAACAUUAUUAAAGACCUGCUGAACCAAGCUGGCUACUUACAGCCGUAAGGACCUUCAGCACCGGAUGGAUGGAACAGAGGUUCCCCUCAGCCCCUGUCCAAAUCCAGAGACACAGGCCAGCCAUAUGAAGUGCCUACAUUAAAAAAAAAAACUUAAAUAUGGGGGAAAACAAAACACAUGUAGGGAUCCUCUUAUGAAGUUUUACAGUUAUCUUCGUGACCUGCUGUAAAUGCUUGUUUCCGCAUCAAAAACGGGCUGGGAACCCAGGGCAACUUAAAAAAAAAAAAAAAAAGUAAAGAAAAAGCUGGAACCCGGUAAAAGCUAAAAAGCUAUUAGUAACUCGGGCUUCAACUGCUUGAAAACACCACUUACCCCAAAUUCUCAGUGCCUGUCCCAAAGGAGAACACCAUCGUCCUUCCACAGAGCACAGCACAAAGACAAGUCUUUCAGGAGAACGGGUCAUGGCUAUUCAUGGACCUGCGCGUCAAAAUCGGAAAGCUACCUUCUCCCAGGAAAGGCAACUGCUGAAGGCCGGUGCUGUGGGAAGCGUUACGGCAUGCAAUGCUACUGACAAAACAGGAACCACAUGAGACCUCAAAUUGUAAGACGUGGAAUGGGUCAGGGACAGACCACUGCUGUGCCUCCCGCGCCAGGCCGGGCUCCUCCCUGCCCACGCACAGCUCUGUACAGGAGCCCCGCGCCCUGGAAGCUGGGCACGGCACAGGAGUGCUGCACCGCCCCUUCGGUGCACCGGGAAUGUCAACGCACGCUCUCUUUGCUGAUCUUGCUAGCACCGUGACAAGGCAAGGACGAGAUAAAAUGGGCAGGUAAUUUUCAAAAACGGUCACUGCAACAGGACAGCAGCAGCUUGAUCUGGACACCUGGGAUUUCUCCAGGGAAACAAAAGCCCGUUCCUCAGGCAUCAUGUCAGCAAAACGGACAACCAACAAACCCGACAGCGCCGACAGCUGAUGAAGCUCUGGGCUACCACUGUACCUUAUUUCAGUCAACACUUUGAUGGCAAGAGUCAGAGGAACCAGAAACGCCAAGAUAAUGCUCAUUUUCUUGCCACUUGCCUUUUCCAAUGACUGUUACAGAAAGCUGACAACCACAUGCUGGAUGGCUGAAUGCCUCAUCUAGGGAUUGCUGUAAGUGUAAAUAAAUAGGUUUUCUUCAAAUAAAUAAAAAAUAAUGCAAAUGCUUACCUUAUCAAAGGGAAGUACCUACUGCAAAACACUACUCCAAGUCCCAUGGAAAAAGCGCCCACAAGCUUGGUCUCACUGGACAAAAAUACUUUUGAUUUCAACACAACAUAAUGGAAGUACUGACCUCUACAAGAUUUAUUCAGAGUAGCUCAAUUAAAUGUAACUAGAAAGGGUAGAAGAAAACCAGAGAAGAUUUACUCUGAAUUUUCUAACCUGUACUUGCUUUGGUUAAGGAGCAACAAAUUCAGAAACGGGCAAAUGCAUACAGAAUUCUUUUAUUUAACUUAAAUCAUGUAGUACUGAAACUACUAGAAAAAAGCAGAGUAAGAGAAACUAAAGGAGCCUUAGCUUCAGCCAUUCAAAAUAGACAAAGUUUCUUCUUUUCAUAAUGUAAAGAAUCCCGAGUAUAUCGCAAUAACAGGAAUAAAUUCUUACAACAGAA